AUGAGUGAGAAAGACGCGAAGAAGACAAUAUUUGAUCACGAAUACCUUUCAAAGGAGCAAUUAAAGGGAUUUGAUAACUAUAAGUAUAAUUGCAUUGACAAUUCGCCGCUGUCUGUGUACAUUUCGCAUCCGUUCUGGAAUUGGCUCGUAGAGUUUUAUCCGAGGACAUGGGUUCCUAAUGUGAUAACUCUUGUUGGUUGGGCAUUUGUAAUGGCCGGAUUCGUCAUCGAAUCGUUUUUGGACUAUGACAUUACGAGGAACACAGAAGGGACCACGAAUCCGAUUCCCGACUGGUUUUGGCUCGUUGCCGCUAUUUGCACAUUCCUUGGACACACCCUAGACGGAACUGAUGGGAAACAGUCGAGAAGAAUUGGGGCAAGUGGUCCCACCGGUGAACUUUUUGAUCACGGUCUUGAUUCUUGGUCAACGGUGCCGUUCACUAUAACGAUUUUUAGUAUUUUCGGCCGCGGCGCCUAUAGUAUAUCGACCGUUGAACUUCUUUGCGUCUUGAUCAGCACUCAAAUCGUCUUUUUUGCAACUCAUUGGGAAAAAUACAACACAGGUGUCAUGUUCCUCUCAUGGGCUUAUGAUCUAAGCCAAUAUGGUCUUGUAUUUGUCUACACGUUCACCUACUUUAGCGGAUAUCAAUGGUUUCAAUUCAAUAUUUUUGGAGUGCAAUUUGCGUUCGUUUUCGAAAUAGGAUUCUAUGCUUGCUGCUUAUUUUCUCUGAUUGUCUCGGCUUAUAACAUUUUGAAUUGCGACAAGCUGAAGCAGCCCGACUUUCUUUCCGGAUUCCGACCGGCGUGGCCAGUGUUGGUCCUUUUCGCUUCAUCAAUCUACUGGGCCGUCAAAUCGCCAACAAACGUGAUCGAUGUUGAUCCAAGAUGCUUCUUCUUUUGUAUGGGAACGGUUUUUAGUAACAUUGCGUGCCGACUAAUUAUUGCCCAAAUGUCGAACACAAUGUGUGAGGUGUACAACACUACACUGGCUAUCUUUUUGUCCACAAUUGCAUUGGCCUUUUUCCAACCAAGUCUGGAAUUGCUUAUUCUCCGAGUCGCCACCGUUGCUAUAACUCUGGUCCAUGUUCAUUACGGAGUUUGUGUGGUGCGCCAAUUAUGUCGUCAUUUCAAAAUCAACGCUUUGAGUGUUGAAUAUUUGAAAAAUCGAAAAUAA